AUGAAUGCUCCAAGUGGGUGUGUCAGCUGCAGUGAUGGGUCGCAACAGUUUGAUAGCAAACAUGAUGCAGACUGCUCAGAGGGUGAGGACGCACAGAUUAGACUGGCACCACAUGUGCAAGCUUACCUGGCACGCAACAAUCCCACCACCAACUGUUGCGGCCUCACUAUACCCAUUGCCUUUGAGAGGGCUGCAACAGGAACCUGGUGGAAUCCUAGGUUUGAUUCUGAGAUACUUGAAGGCCAAUACAGAAGUAGUUCCUUUAGACAAAUAAGACUAAGAUUUAGAUUUGCACUUUUAUACAUUUUGAUAUUUUCUAUAUCAUGGUUUGUCUACUUUGUGGCCCUUGGUUUGAAUGGCAUUACAUUAAAAUGGCCGUUUUUAUGUUCUAUAUUUGGUGGAGUCCUCUUGAUAACAUCUGUUAUGCUAUUUGUUACCUUUACAAACAUAUACAAAGUGUACACAUUCAAGCUAUCCCUGGUCAUGGCACUCGCUCUGUGUACCCUCAGCCUGUCACUGGUGACACUCACCACACGGUCAGACACUGCAUUAUAUCAGGCCGCCGACAUCAGCCAGUCCGGACACUUCACCAUGUGCAUUGAAAUAUUGCUGAUUAUAUAUACACUGACACCUUUACCGCUGUAUGCCUGUGUUAUCAUUGGAAUUUUGUAUUCAAUAGUGUUUGAAGUACUGAAUAUUGUGUUACAUUUGUCAGAGCAAGAAUGGCAGUACCCUGGAAUGUUUGUAAGAAUUUUGCUGCAACUUUGUGUUCACAUAAUUGGUGUUCAUAUAUACCUUAUGACCUUUGUGAGAAUGCGCGGUACCUUUAUGAAAGUAGGGCAGAGUCUGUUAGUAAGGAAGCAACUGGAAAUGGAGAAACAGCUGAAGGAGAAGAUGAUACACUCGGUGAUGCCGCCGAAAGUCGCGAGCUGGUUGCUGGAGGAACAAGUGCUCGAAACUGAGACUAAUAUAAAGACACACAAUCCGCUCAAACCCCGUCAUUCAAAUCCCGGCGCGUCCGAUAUCAAGUCGUUAUUUAGGCCUUUCAACAUGAGCUCAAUGGACAACGUCAGUAUACUAUUUGCCGAUAUCGUUGGCUUUACCAAGAUGUCAAGUAACAAGGGUGCUGAAGAAUUAGUAAAUAUAUUAAAUGAUCUCUUUGAGAAGUUUGACGAGUUAUGCCAAAAUCAUGGAUGUGAGAAAAUUUCUACUUUGGGUGAUUGUUAUUAUUGCGUGUCUGGCUGUCCUGAGCCCAGGCCGGAUCAUGCUACGUGCUGUGUAGAAAUGGGAUUGGGAAUGAUAGACGCCAUCAAGGAGUUCGAUAGAGUUCGGGGCGAAGGAAUAAAUAUGAGAGUCGGAGUGCACACAGGUACCGUACUCUGCGGUAUAGUGGGCACACGUCGGUUCAAAUUCGAUGUUUGGAGUAAUGAUGUCAGUUUCGCCAACAAAAUGGAGUCCACUGGAAAGCCAGGUCGCGUUCACAUAUCAGAAGAGACUGCAAAAUUUCUCGGGGGUUCCUAUAUCUUAGAAGAGGGCGAUGACGUCUUCGGUCAUAAAACCUAUUUUAUUGAAGGCCGUCAGCUAUACUCCCCUUACUGCCACGAGAACUGCCUCACUCCCUCCAAUCCUAUAAACUUACGCCUGAUUAUAUCGCCUGCAGCAUCUCCUCAAUCCGUCCUAUCCUGCAAUCACUCCCCCCUGCCGAUGUCGCCUAAAGCUGACGAUAGAUCCAGAAAAGCUGAUUGUAGGAACUUCCUUUCCCCAAGUGCAUUUCAUUUCCGAACAAAAGCUAGUUCACUGCCGAGUAUAUUGGAUUCCGACACUGAACUCGACGAGAAGAGGGAAAAGGGAUUCCCCGAAACUAACAGCUCGUCGAAGAGUCCUACGUCCGUAGGGAGCUACGGCAAAUACACGACAAAACUGAAAAAUUGGAAAGUGCCUAGAUUUUUACGGAAGCAUUCUGAUACUCCGCUUCAUGAGAUGAAAAAGCAGGAGUUGGCUGACAAAUCCAUACAUUUCCUGGAGCGGGGUGACACGGUGGCCGGUACGCAGUCCAGCAAUGGUUACCAGCAAGUGCCUAUUGUGAUAGAAUCUCAAGACAAUAAGGGUAGGCCGGCGCAGAGUACCAUCAAGCUGAACAUACCGCCGCUGAGUCACGACAUGGCGUCCUUCGAGAGAGAAAUCAUCGACAUACGAUCAUACUUGAGCCAGUCCAGGAGCAACAUGUCGCCCUUCGCCAGAAGUAGCAGCUACCGAUCUCAAUAUGGAAGAUCGAACAAUAUUGAGGUGCCAGUUUGUCGAGCUCGAAGUUCAACGAUCACAACACAGGACGAGCUGAUCCGUCCCAAGGAGCGAAAGUUGAACUUGCCGCUGCCAUCACCGCAGACGUCCCGGCCGCCGGAUGACGUCAUCAGCCUGUGUCCUUCAGUGAACAGUCGCAAGGACUCCGGCAUCCGGAGCACGAGCCGCCGGUCCAGCAUACAGCAACAGGUCAACUUUGAUGUUCCUAUUUUUACUUAUAACAUUUACGCACUAAACCACAUAGCGACGUCGCACCCCGACAUGAUGCAGCACCGGGUGUCUGGUUACUACACGUCGAGCCAGUCCUCGCUCAACGAGCACUCCCGCAGCCGCCUGCCGCCGCCGCUCAACGAGGAACAAGUUCAGUCGCUACAGAAACUGCGCAAACAGUCCGACCUCCAGCUCAUCCGCUGCGUACAAGACAACGCGCGCUCCGGCAUCAACUACUUCGUACAGCCACCCCUCAACAGGUUCACGCUCUUCUUUAAAUCCUCCGAAAUAGAGAAACACUACAGGGAUAAAGCGCACCGCAGUGACGACAGCGAAGACUUCCCGCCCACACUCACCACUUCUAGGUUUAACACCGCGUUAGACAUCUUAGUGUCUGCCAUCAUUUUUUUGGCGGUCACAGCUUCCAUAUUCUCGUUGUACAGUGACUGGAGAUCUUCCGUAGGGUGGUUCGCUUUUUUCUUGUGUAUAGAAAUCGUAGCCAUGUCCCUCUGUUCCUAUAGACAUUAUCUAAAAUGGAAGACGAAUCACGAAGCGCUUUCGGAGACCAUUCCCCGGUCUGUAAGGAUUUUCAGGAAGCUGUCGAACUGGUUUCCGUGGCACUUGUGUGGUGGGUUGCUCAUCAGUUUGCCGAUACUGGCAGUACUCAUCAAUUUCUCUUGCGAGAACACUACAAUGACGAUCUUGCGAGGAGAACAAUCGUUUUACGUUUACCUGUUGUGCAUCAGUGUAGUGCACUUCUGCAACUUCACUCAGAUGAACUGGCUUGUGAAAAAUACUCUAGUGACGCUUUAUGCUGGUUUGUUCCUAUUUUUUGCUGUGCUAGGUUGUCACGAAGCUAAUACUCAAUUGCUGCAAGAUGCUGAUAUUACACUAAAGCUAAGCCCACAAAUAUUUACUCAGAAUACAUCAGAAUUUAGUCUUGUGAACGAUUCCAUGUUUGAUUGGGUGGAAGUAAACAACAGCACCAUCGGUGUUGUGGACAGUCACCAACACAAGCUGCAUCUGACCGAGCUGUACCUGGACGUCGCGUUACUACUGAUGCUAGUCUGGUUCCUAAACAGAGAGUUUGAAAUAAGUUACCGCUUGAGUUUCUACAGCAACGUGGUAGCCAACCGCGACAAACAGAGAGUUCAGAACAUGAGGAAUCAGGCCGACUGGUUGCUCCACAACAUAAUACCCCGACAUGUCGCUGACCAGCUCAAAAACACGGCCAAGUAUUCUGAAAACCACAAAGAUGUCGCGAUUAUAUUUGCCAGUAUAGUUAAUUUUAAUGAAAUGUACGACGAGUCAUAUUUGAAAGGGAAAGAAUACCUGCGAGUACUUAACGAACUGAUAGCAGACUUUGACGAGCUGUUGGAGCGGCCGGAGUUCCAGCACGUCGAGAAGAUUAAAACCAUAGGCAGCACCUUCAUGGCAGCUAGUGGACUCAAUCCCGACCUGAGGCACGCCUCGCGUGGUACUUACGACCAUCUCUACCAGCUCAUGGAGUUUGCGCUGGAGAUGCAGAAGGUGGUGGAUAACUUCAACCAAGACUUGCUGGAGUUUGAUUUCAUUCUAAGGAUCGGGUAUAACUUUGGCGACGUAACGGCGGGUGUGAUCGGUACCACGAAGCUGUUCUAUGACAUCUGGGGCGAUGCCGUGAACAUAGCGUCCCGCAUGGACUCGACGGGCGUGCCCAAGCGGAUACAGGUGGGCGAGGCCUGCAUCCCCGUACUGUCGGCGCGGUACGAGUUCGAGCCGCGCGGCAGUGUCUACGUCAAGGGCAAGGACAACAUGAAUGUGUACCUCGUCAUAGGUAGGAAAGACACGUAG